UCAGCCUCUCCUUCCCGGCUGCCGCUGGAGGACGUUUCCUUGGGGCUCGGUGGCUUCGGCGCCUUCCCUUUUCCUUCCUAUGGGACGGGUCUGCCAGUUUGUUUUGCACGACCUUCUGCAGUCUAAAUACUGCUGUUGUAGAGAUUGCAUUCAGCUCCACUGUCAAGAUGAAUUCACUUGGGCAAGCUUUGAAACACAAGGAAACAAGCGGGAAAAUGCCAACACAGGUAAAUGGCAUAACGAGCAAUCUAACCAACAGAAAUGGUAUUGGCGACCAUCUUGGGGAGGAAGUGGAGUCUUUCCUGGGUGAUGCUGGACCACUCCACAGCUUUGAUGACCUUACCAAAGUGAAUCCUGUAACCACUGUAACAGUCUUGAAGUGCUUGCAAGAAAGGUACGCCGUAGACAUCUUUUACACCAAUGCUGGCUGCAGUCUCGUGGCUGUCAAUCCCUUCCGGCCGAUACCACUACUGUACUCGUAUGAGCUCAUGAAAGACUACCAUGCUGCCCCCCACCCUCAGGAAUUAGAACCACAUGUUUUUGCGGUGGCUGAAGAAACCUACAGAAAUGUCAAAAGCCAGAUCCCACCAGUAAACCAGUCCAUCAUCGUUAGUGGUGAAAGCGGAGCUGGGAAGACGUGGACAUCGCGUUGCCUGAUGAAGUUUUAUGCUAUUGUGGCCUCUUCGUCCUCUGCCCCCCAAGGCAGCAUCGAUGUGGAGAGGAUAGAGAAGAGAGUAUUGGAUUCUAACCCAGUGAUGGAAGCUUUUGGAAAUGCAUGUACUCUGCGGAACAGCAACAGCAGCCGUUUUGGCAAGUACAUCCAGCUUCAACUGAACAGGUCUCAGCAUCUAACAAGUGCUUCCAUUCAGACGUUCUUACUGGAGAAAACACGAGUUGCCUAUCAGGCCCCCCAGGAAAGGAACUUCCAUAUUUUCUACCAGAUCGCAAAAGGUGCCACCCAAGAGGAACGACUGGAAUGGAAUCUUCCGGAAGGGUCAACCUUCUCCUGGCUGCCCAAUCCUGAAAAAGCUCUAGAAGAGGACUGUUUUGAUGUGACGCGAGAGGCCAUGUUCCACUUGGGUAUUGACUGUUCCAUGCAGAAUAAUAUUUUCAAGAUAUUAGCCGGGCUCUUACACUUGGGCAAUAUCCAGUUUUUGGAAGCAGAAGAUGAAUCGCAGCCCUGCAAAACAGAAGGCUGCGCCAAAGACUUUGCAAAGAGCACUUCCAAAUUGCUAGAAAUGCCUGUAGAACAUCUCUUGGAAACACUGAGUAUCCGGACGAUUACAGCCGGGAAACAGCAACAAGUCUUCAGGAAGCCGUGCUCCAGGGCUGAAUGCGGGAUGAGGAGAGACUGUCUGGCUAAAGUCAUCUAUGCCACGGUAUUUGAUUGGCUGGUGUCCGUGAUCAAUGGAAGCAUAUAUGCCGAUUCUUCUGUGUGGAGCAAUUUCAUUGGUCUGCUGGAUGUUUAUGGCUUUGAGUCUUUUCCUGAAAACCACCUGGAGCAGUUGUGUAUCAACUAUGCCAACGAGAAAUUACAGCAGCACUUUGUAGCCCAUUUCCUGAAGGCACAGCAGGAAGAAUAUGCCACGGAAGGACUUGAGUGGUCUUUCAUAAACUACCAGGAUAAUCAAAGCUGCCUAGAUGUGAUUGAAGGCAACCCCAUUAGUAUCUUUUCUUUGCUGAAUGAGGAAUGCCGUCUCAACAGGGCCUCCAAUGCCUGCCAGUUCCAGACCCGGAUUGAGGUGGCUCUGUCACAUAACCAGUGCAUUAGACAGGACAAGUUUAGCAAGAAGCCGAAUUUCAUCGUUUCUCAUUACGCCGGCAGCGUCUGCUAUCAGGUGGAAGGGAUGGUAGAAAAGAAUAAGGACCCCGUGCCCCCAGAACUGGUCCUCCUGCUUCAACAGUCCCAGGAUCCUUUGCUUCGGAAGUUGUUUCCUGUGUCAGCAGUGAGCCAGUUACCAGAUCAAAACAGUGUCAAGAUUCAGACCAAACCAGCUGUUGUUACAGUGGUAUCUAAAUUCAAGGGCUCUCUAGAGCAGCUGAUGGAGAUCCUGAACAGCACCACCCCUCACUACAUCAGAUGCAUCAAGCCGAAUGCGGAUUGCGAGGCUGCGGUUUUCAGGAAGGACGAGGUUCUGUGCCAGCUGGAGGCGUGUGGCAUCGUGGAAACGAUCAGCAUCAGUGCAGCUGGCUUUCCAAUCAGGAUCUCCUUCAGAAGUUUCAUUGAACGGUACGAAGUGCUGAAGAAAUCCUGGAAGCGCAACUCCAGAGCUGCACAGAACGCAAACGGCCCUUCGGACCAUGUGGAAAAUGGGGGGACUCCAACCCCAGAGGAUGGCAACACUUUUUGGUCUGCUGUUCAGGACAUUCUCCAGCAAGUGCAUCCGAACUCUCCUCCACUCCAGCCAGCAGGGAAGAGAUCCUGCAGCGUAGCUGUGUUUUGUGGCAAAACCAAAGUAUUUAUGACUAACUCCAUGUUGGAGCUGCUCGAAGCCAAACGAGCCCAAGCCUUAUCCGAAAGGGCUUUCUGCAUUCAGUGUUGCUGGCGGCGGUUUAAGAGGCGGAAGCAGGUGGAACAGAGACAGGCGGCUACUGCCAUCCAAUCAGCCAUUCGUUCAUGGUUAGCCAGGAGACGGUUCCAGAAACUGCGCAAAGCUGUUACGGUUAUAAAACGGACAUGGAGAAAAUGGAAGGCAAAGAUGGAUACUCUGGCUGCAGAGGAACUAGACGACAUCAAAGGGGAGUCCUUUUUCUCUGUUUCCUCAAGUCAGGGUUUCAGCGAAUUGGAAAAAUCCAGGCCAUCCAGUACAAUUGUUCAGUUCUGGCCCGUUGGACUGGUGCUGUCGAACUCUCCUGUGACGUUGGGUGGGUUUCAGAGAAACGUCACGUUUCUGGUAUGCCUCCAAGUCCUACAGCACAACCGCCAUCGCACGGUCGAGACCAAGGCAUUGGACAGGGGCAUCACUUCCAUCCGAGCUCCACCACAGGGCUCGGUCAAGUUCCACUGCAAGAAAUCACCGCUGCUUUAUGCCAACACCAGACCUCACUGUCACGACUGCCCAAGGACCGGCUUCAACCAAAUUCUGCUCGACAACCACAAGUUGCUCGCUACCUAAAAGUGAAUUUCUGUCCACUAGAAAGCUUUUAAUUGCACUCUUUCAUCGAAAAAAAGUUCUUUUCUAUCUGCCUCCUUCUCAUGGCAUUUUAGUUGACACUGCCCAGUUCAUGCCACCCUUAGUAAAGUCUACACAUGUUGGGGCGGGGGGGGGGGAUGACAAACAGCACGUGUUCAGUUCCACCACACGCCCAUACUCUAGGACGGGUCCUCAACAUGGCACUCCCCAAGUUUUUUUUUAGAAAUUGGGUGGGUCCAGAUGGAGCUUUGGAACAGCAGGGGUUCCGAGUGGCUGCGCAGACUCUUUAAAAUGUCACUUUAGCAUCAGCUGCUACCACAACAUACUUUAGUGUGUGACUGAUGUUUUGUAUGUAUACAAAAACAAAUUUUUAAACAAUGUUAAUUUUAAAAGUCAUCCUGUUUAACAGAGCUUCUGCCUGAAAUGUUGAAGAGUUUCUAUUAGAGUUACUAGCUUUACUCCCUGACAUUUGUGGUUGGCUCCACCUCUUGUGGCAGCCAUUUUGUGGUUGGCUCCGCCUCUUGUGGCAGCCAUUUUGUGGUUGGCUCCGCCAUUUAUAGCAGCCAUUGUAUGGUUGGCUCCGCCACUGUGUAUCUGAAUUCCAAAAGGGUCUGCAGCCUUAACAAGGUUGGGGACCCCUGCUCUAGGACACAGGACAAAGACACCUUCUCAAUUAAGAGCGCAAACCAGCAUCUUGUUACACUAAAAGGCUCACAAUUUCCUGCCUCUUUGUUCUCUGCACAUUUGUGAAUGUGUCAAUCUUGAAAGAUGUCCCCAUGCACUUGGGGUUCAGCACCUCCCCACGGGAUAGUAAAAGGGAUACCCCCAUCCUUUCUCCCCUUUCAUGGACCAAAGCACGUCUCCGUCCUCUACCUCAGUACUAAAUCUUCUGCUCCAAAGUUUGCAGGUUGGAAACAGGCAGGGCUAAAUGUCCAAGGGGGUUUGCCGUUCAGAAUUGGGUGUGAACAUUUGUAAUUGCAGCUGUAAGAUGUAACAAUUGCACAAGAAAUUUUCUAAGAAUAUACCAGAACUGUCAUAAAUUAAAGCCAAAGUUUAAUAUUA